ACCCACAUCCCGACAGCUUGUUGAAUAGAUAACACGCAGGUGUCAGCAGAGAGGGAGAUAAAAACAACGCCUGCUAUCAAGAAGCCGAUUAUACACAAACCUCAUCGAGUUUCAUCGCGUUCCCUGACUGACGCGUGAUUUGACGACAAGACAACCCGCGCGCUCAUUCUGAGGAGGUUUUGCCAGCGCGCGACACGGUUUAUGAGUGGAAAGUGUAUACGGGGGAAUAAUAUUGACAAUAAAUGCACUUAUUCCCAGAGGAACUUUUCGAGGGCGGAUGGAUUCUCCUCGUAAGUUUCUAUGAAAAAACUAUGAGUUUUAAAAAGAAGGUUAAGUUCGCAUUAUGAGUAGACUAUUUAAAGAAAACUUAACAACUACAUUCAUCUAAAGCAUGUGUUAAAAUCAAAUUAAGACCUAUUUAUUAAAAAAAGUUUUUGUAUACAAACCUGAACAUGGUUUCCAAAUACAAAAGGAUUCUGAAUGUGGAAAGCAUCAUGUCCUCAUGCUCUUCUUGAGACUCCCAUCUGCCAAACUAGUCAUCACCCUGAACCUGCAUUAACAACAGAUCUGAAUUAUGGACGGUGAUGGACAGCCUCCUGCUUCAAAUGGUGACUCGAAGCUCUGCUCCAGAAGCGGCUUCUCUCUAAGCAACUGGCGUUCCUCUUCGAGGACUUUACUGCGAGGAGGAGAGGAUGUGAGCCGAAGGCUGCUGUCUGCUGUGAACCACCAGGAAUGCACAGACUCCAGGGCCAGUCCCACCUCAAAGUCCCUUGAGGUGACCACAGGGUUAGAUGGCACAACAGCAACCACCACCACCACCACCGUGACCACAUCCACACCGCCUCACCUCGACAAAGCCAUGGCAGAGUCCGCAGGGCCUGCGGGAGCCCCUCAGCCAUCCGAAUCAGAAGAAAGGGUCUUCACUGUCCCGUCUACAUUUCUCCAGAGACAGUUCAGCUCCUUGCUGCAGCCAGGGGUUAACAAGUUCUCACUCCGAAUGUUUGGGAGUGCAACGGGUGUUGCAGCUGAACAGCAACGGGUCAAGUCAUUUGGGGUUUGGAUUAUACAUCCAUAUAGUAACUUCAGGUUCUAUUGGGACUUGGUGAUGCUGUGCCUGAUGAUGGGCAACCUCGUCAUUCUGCCAUGGGGCAUCACCUUCUUUGAGGAUCAGAACACACUGCCGUGGAUCACCUUCAACGUGGCCUCGGACACCCUCUUCCUGGCUGACCUUGUCUUCAACUUUCGUACUGGUAUUAUUGAAGGAGACAACACCCAAAUCAUCCUGGACCCACAAGUGAUCAGUCGGCGUUACCUUCGAGGCUGGUUUCUGGUGGACUUCAUCUCCUCCAUUCCGGUAGACUACAUCUUCCUGGUGGUGGAUAUAGAAGCCCGGCUUGAGUCAGCAGAGGUGUACCGCACUGCCAGGGCUUUGCGCAUCGUCCGCUUCACCAAGAUCCUCAGUCUGCUCAGAUUGUUGCGCUUAUCCAGACUUAUACGUUACAUUCAUCAAUGGGAAGAGAUCUUCCAUAUGACCUAUGACCUUGCAAGCGCAGUAGUUCGCAUAGUGAAUCUGAUUGGAAUGAUGCUCCUGCUGUGUCACUGGGAUGGCUGCAUGCAGUUCAUGGUGCCCAUGUUGCAAGAUUUCCCAUCAAACUGCUGGGUCUCCAAAAACAACAUGGUGAAUGCCACUUGGGAUGUCCAAUACUCCUAUGCCCUUUUUAUGGCCAUGAGCCAUAUGUUGUGUAUAGGAUAUGGUGCUCAGGCACCUGAGGGAACAACUGAUGUGUGGCUCACAAUGAUCAGCAUGAUUGUUGGUGCCACCUGUUAUGCCAUGUUCCUGGGCAAUGCCACUAACCUUAUCCAGUCCUUGGAUGCUUCCCAUCGUCAGUAUCAAGAGAAGUACAAACAAGUGGAACAGUACAUGUCCUUCCACAAGUUGCCGGCUGACAUGAGGCAGAGGAUCCAUGAUUAUUAUGAGCACCGCUUCCAGGGAAAGAUGUUUGACGAGGAAAAUAUCCUCGAAGAACUCAGUGACCCGCUAAAAGAGGAGAUAGUGAACUAUAACUGCCGUGAGCUGGUGGCUAAUAUGCCUCUCUUUGCGAAUGCUGAUCCUCACUUCGUCACAGUGCUCCUCACAAAGUUACGCUUCGAGGUCUUUCAGCCGGGUGAUAUAAUCAUCCGUGAAGGGACGCUUGGUCGUAAAAUGUACUUCAUUCAGCAUGGCUGCGUCAGUGUGAUAACUCAUGACAAAAAAGUGAAGAAACUGAAUGACGGCUGCUACUUCGGGGAGAUCUGUCUGCUGACCCGUGGACGUCGUACAGCCAGUGUCAGAGCCAACACGUACUGCAGACUUUAUUCACUGAGUGUGAGCAGCUUUAAUGAGGUCUUAGAGGAGAAUCCGUUAAUGAGGAGGGCGUUUGAGAGCGUAGCGGUGGACCGUCUGGAGCGUGAGGGAAACAGCAUUGUGCGUUCACACAAGAGUGUGGAGGACGAUGGGGACUAAUGGAUUCUUAUUCUUAUUGAACUUUGACAGACUCACCGAAAAUGACUGAAUAUAGAAAAAACCAUGGUGUUACAGUAUCCAUAUAAUUGACUUAAAUGACAAUGUACAGUUGCAGUAUGGUGUGAUUUAUCUAAUUCAAAUAGUUAUUUCUUAUUCUUAAUUUGACAUUGAAAUGUAUUGGAACAUAAAAAUAAACAAUAUCAGUCCUGUA